CCUCUCUUACAACCCCCACACCACGGACUGGUGUGUGAUUCUCCAGUUUCUCGGAAACUGGAUUCACCGUAAAAACUCGGUUGUUCAAAUCACCACCAAUCGCCAUAGAACUCGUACUUUCCUGCAACCGGAGCCCCAGUUGGAGUGAGCCCAGUUCACAUCCAGCUAGCCCCACACACAUGCUGUGGAUCCCGGGUCACUUUGGUUAACUUGCUACGAGGACGCAGAGCCUUGCAUUCGGCUUCGUUCGCUCAUUCAUUCAACCACAACAACAAUGGCAGCGCAGGAUUUUAAUUUCUUGCUUGCGACGGAUUCCUACAAGAUCACACACUACAAACAGUAUCCUCCAAACAUCAACAAGAUCUAUUCAUACUUUGAAUGCAGACGCAAGAGGGGUUCCCAGUUUAGUGAGGUGGUGUUCUUCGGACUUCAGUAUCUACUGAAGAAGUAUUUGGAAGGCCCUGUUGUCACUGAGGAGAAGAUUCAGGAAGCCAAGGUCUUCUACCAGAUGCACUUCAGACAAACUGUUUUUGAUGAAGAAGGCUGGAGGAAAGUGCUUGAGAAACAUAAUGGCCGUCUUCCUAUCCGGAUAAAAGCUGUCCCUGAAGGCAGGAUUGUACCGAGAGGCAACGUGCUCUUCACUGUGGAAAACACUGAUCCCAACUUCUACUGGCUCACCAACUACAUUGAGACCAUGCUGGUGCAGAUGUGGUAUCCCAUCACAGUUGCCACUGUAUCCAGGGAGUUUAAGAAGAUCCUGGCCAAGCACCUGAAGGCCACCUCAGGAAGCCUUGAAGGCCUGGACCUGAAGCUGCAUGACUUUGGCUACAGAGGCGUCUCCUCACAGGAGUCUGCAGCAUUAGGGGGAGCAGCUCACCUGGUUAAUUUCUGCAGCACAGACACAGUGGCUGGACUUCUGAUGGCUCAGAGAUAUUAUAGCUGCCCGAUGGCUGGCUUCUCCAUUCCAGCAGCAGAGCACAGCACCAUCAUCUCUUGGGGGAGGGACAGGGAGAAGGAGGCGUUUGAGCGAGUCCUGGACCAGUUCCCCUCUGGACCAAUCUCAGUGGUCAGUGACAGCUACGACAUCUUUAACGCCUGUAAACACAUAUGGGGAGAGAAACUGAAGGAGCGAGUGAUGGAGCGCAGCCAGGACUCCUGUCUGGUCAUCCGUCCGGACUCUGGAGAUCCUGCAGAGACCCUUAUUGAGGUCAUCAAGAUUUUAGAAGAGUGUUUUGGCAGCUCUCUGAACUCGGUUGGAUACAAGGUGCUGCCUUCUUACCUGCGAAUUAUUCAGGGAGAUGGCAUUGACCUCUGCUCAGUGGACGAGAUCCUUAAGAAGCUGAGAGAUGAGGGCUGGAGUGCUGAGAACGUAUUCUUUGGAUGUGGCAGUGCUUUGCUUCAGAAACUCAACAGAGAUACACUCAACUGUGCCUUCAAGUGCAGCUAUGUCGAGACUAAUGGCAAAGGGAUGGAUGUGUACAAGCAGCCGGUGACCGAUCCAUCCAAGGGCUCAAAGAGGGGUCGGUUAUCACUGAGGAGAAACUCUGAUGGCUUCUUGGAGACGAUAGAGGAAGGAGCAGGCAAACCUGAGGAGGACCUACUGGUGACAGUUUUUGAGAACGGCAGCCUGGUGCAGGACUACUCCCUGGAGGAGAUCAGGAAGAACGCUCGGCUGCCUAACGAGGAGCUGAAUCUCCCCCUACACAACCAUGAACAGGAGCAGCUUCACAGUCGUAUCAUCAAUGGGAUUCAUUAGAUCAAACACAGUCUCCAACCAUGCAUAAGACACUUCAGUGGUAAACAGGGUGCACUGGAAUGAAGGCUGCUGUGUGAUAUAAUGGCAGCCCUCUAAGAAUAAACUGAUCAUGUUGAAGGAGAGUGAAAGGCUAUUUCUCAUAGCAGACACUACCAGGCACUACCACUACCCCCCUGCCCCAUUCCUCUCAGGAUCCCUGUGAUAAUAGGUAGAUAAUAAUUCAUUUCUCUCCUCAUUCUGAACACUCUCUUGCGAGCAGAGGGUUUAUCUGCCCUGGUAUGGCCUUGACAAGAAUUAAAGCUCAGGGUCAACUUUAAUAAGCUAAAUUAGUUUUUGCUUUUUCAUUCUUUGAUUUAGGAACAACAAAAUGAGGAAGUAGGUCUCUCUUGAGCAUUUAAUGAACUAACAUCCAAAUAUUCCAUUUUAUUUCUGUUAGCAUAUAAAGGCCAGAAACAUUUACUAAGAUAGAUAGAAAAGUAGCCAUAUUACUGAUUGUCGUAAUAAUACACUUUUGGAUCGGUUUGCACUGAGUACUUGAUGCAAAUUAUUACGUAAAUGGUCAAUGUUCACUCCAUUUUCAGCAGAGCAAUAUAUAGCGCUAGCCAAGUUUUUUUUUUACUUCCACAUAGAUUCAUAACAGCAAUUUUCCUUAAGCAGGUUUGCAGUGCAUAACACUUGAGAUGUCAGAUGAGAAAAGGAAACUCACGCAUGAAUGUGAACCCUUUGGGUUGCUCCUAAAAUUGUAUCUGAUCUUCAUCUAGGUCACAUGUGAAAAAAACAAUUUAUCAAUCAAUCAAAAUGUAUUUGUAUAGCCCAUAUUCAUAAAUCCCAAUUUGUCUCAUAGUGUUUAACAAGUCCUAACCCAGGGAUUCCACAAACCUUUCAGUUGUCAACCUCUAAAAAGAACAGGGACAGAGCAACCCCCACUACCUCUAAAAUUGGUUGAAGCACACCGGCAUAUAAACGUGUAGUUUGCAAAAAAGAAAUUGCCUACCUGCACAUAUUGCUGUUUCCUGUGGCGCUACAUAUUGACCUGUUACAGCAGGUGCUGUGGUCAUGUCGGGGGAAAGAAAAAUAGAAGGCUGAAGCUACUUAAUGUUUUCAUGGUUUUUAUUUUCAAUGUUCAUAUUUUAGAACAAUUGUGGUUAAAUGUGCCAUUUCUAAUAGUUUUUAAAUUCUCAACACUGAACACUGAUUUCAUUAUGGAAAAGAACAAUGAUUUGAGUGUUAACAUUUCAGAUCGAUUGUGCUGUGUCCAUAAAUGAUAGGGUUCCCUUACUUUUCCUUGCCUCUGUAAAUUAAAAUAUCAGCUGUACAAGUAUUACAAGUAAAAAAAAAUUGAUUAUACAGUACUGCCACAGUUUUGUAAAACAAUUUGUGAAACAAUACCUGUAAGUUUUCUUUUCAGUAUUUCUGAUGCAACUGAUCCACAACACACUCUUUAUGGAACCCCUGUUAUAUUCACUAUUUUAUAUACAGAAAUUAUCAACCCUAUAAAUAACCAAUAACAAACAUUUAACCAACAACUACCAACAUUUGAUAAAUAAUUGACGAAAUUAUUGUAACGCUUUAUGAAAGGUUAUUUCGUGAUUUAUGUUUGAAAUAAAACUGUUAAAAUACUUAUUGUUUGAUAUUUUAAAGAUAGUUUUUAUUUUUUUGCAUAAUAAUGUCAGUUUACUGCCUCAUGUUUCCCCAGACCUUUAUCAGCUACCACCUUAAACCGCUGCUGCCAAAUGUAGCCACUUUGCUGCUGUUAGCUCAACAACAUCAUCCAAGUAUUCGUGUAGUUAACCCCAAAAAGAUUUACUGCCUUUAAUAAGCAACAUAUAAAAGUAUCAACUACACUUCUCCAGCCUUUAAACCUUAGUUUCACCAGGCUGUUCAUGCUUCCUGCCCUUUAGUGAACUAGCUGAGCUCAGCAUCCCAGUGAGGAGACCGUGUCAGUAGUGUAAGUCAGCUCCUGUUGUCUGGAGCAGUUGCAGUUGUGCUCGAUGCUGACCUCUUCUCACAGCUUCUGUCCCUGUGUCAGCACUUCAUCCAAAUAUUGUUCAUGUCAGACUGAGUGAAUUUUAGUUUACAUAACUCCAAGUUAUCUUUAGUGAAAUGUUUAUUUUGAAAAAAAAAAAAUUGAAUUGUAACAAUAAGUAAUUGGCUGAUCAGACAAAAAUGGUAUGCUGAAUGCUACAGUGAACAUGGCUCAUUUCAUCAGACAUUAAGAUGGAAACACAUAUUAGUUAAUGAAUAAAUAAAUUUGAUUGAUAGUAAAACUCCACUCUGUGUGGUUAAGGUGCUUAAUUGCUUGUUUGGCCUUUUGACCUUGACCUUGGACUGGCUCAUUAAAACAGUGGUACUCCUACAAAGAGUGGCGCAAUAAUGCAAGUGAUUAUGAGGUGUGAUGGCGGAGAGGUCUCUAUGAAUGAUAUGAUGAUAUUUAACUGUUUCGGAAUUAAAUUAACACAGUCUUUGAGAUAAUGCAUUGAUAUUCUCUCAGAUUAUAAAAGGACUUAGGUGAUGAUGCAGUGAUCAUGCUCAUUUCAAUAGUUUUUCGCCAUUUACUGCUAUUUCCAAAAUUUUGUAUGAUUUUCUGUUAAUACAGUUUUCAGAUUUGACAAAUCACUUAUUUUUGCAGAUGAGCAAAAAUAAGUGACAUUAAUAAGUUGCUACAUUUCGGAAAACAGGCGUAUGAUUGUGCAAGGCUAACAUGACAGGGGUAAUUCCACAUCCCUGGAUAAAAAAAUACAGGAUGAAACAUGCAUUUAAAGUUAGGUUUGAUUGACCGAGGAAACGUUUGAUUUUUAUAUUGAAAAAGAAAAAAAAUCUCUGAAAUUAUCCUACACAUUAGUGCACACCUUAAAUGUCUGUGAUGUUCACAACAUUCCUCCAGUUGUUUUAUGACAUUUGAGCAGUAAGUCUAAAUAUACCAACCGGCCUCUUCCACUACGUCAACAAGAGGCAUUAUUACUAUUAUCAAAAUGCCAAAUAAAAGUGCAUCUCAGAGGAUUCUCACUGUUGUCGCAGAUGAUUUUAAUGUGUCAUCUGAUUACCUCCCUUCACCAACAUAGUGUCAAAAUAUAUUGAUUCAUUAAGGGGCUCCUUCUUGCUGUUCUGAGCAGGUAAUGCUGCCUUCCUGUACAGGAACAUGUGUACAGUGUAAGAAGCGUGGGACAUAUUUGAGUGACACAUUGUUUCGUUGAGUGAGACCUUUUAGAAACCUGCUGUAAAUUAAUUUGAAGUGUUGUCAAAUUUUCUGUUACCUUUUUUGUGGUGAGUGUAAUUGUGUUUUUCAGAGACAUUCCGCAACAAUCAGUUCAGUGUCUUACAGCACUGGUGAAAGCAAUUAAUGAUGUACACAUGUUCUAGCUCUUGUGUAGUUCCAGUACUAAUCAUUGUUGUAUUUAUAUUUUGUAAAUAUCUUUUGACUCAGAUUUUGCUUUUAACUGAUCUGUAUCUUUUGAAUGUGGUUUCUUUGAUUUUUGUUCUGAAAACUGAACUUUUCUAAGAUUAAAGAAAAAUAAUUAUAAAAGC